UCUCUCUCUCUCUCUCUCUCUCUUAUAAAGAGAAAAGGAAAGCAAAGCACUCUCUCUUUCUCUCUCUUUCGAAGAGAAAAAGACCAUGUGCAUGUCUGCAACUCGGUAGAGGAAAAAAAGGAGAGAGGAAACAGAUAUGGGGAAUUGCUGGGGGACUCCAGUUACAACGACUCAGAGCCCAGGAACUACCGGAAUUUCAAGCACAAUCACAGGAACGUCAAAGACCAACAGCACUGAAGGGCGGCUUUCAAGUAGCCCCAGCGGGUUCUCGAGCAGCUUGGAAGAUGUGUUUUCUCAUGGACAGAUCCUACCCACUCCCAAUUUGAGGACAUUCACUUUCGCCGAAUUGAAGAGCGCGACAAGGAAUUUCAAACCCGAUACAGUUCUCGGAGAAGGGGGCUUUGGAAGAGUUUUCAAAGGGUGGGUCGAUGAGAAGACAUACGCACCAGCGAGGAUCGGAAGUGGGAUGGUGAUCGCGGUGAAGAAAUUGAAUCCAGAGAGCUUGCAAGGAUUAAAAGAAUGGCAGUCGGAGGUGGACUUCUUGGGGAGGCUUUCUCAUCCAAACCUUGUGAAGCUCUUGGGAUACUGUUGGGAAGAUAAAGAACUUCUCUUAGUAUAUGAAUUCAUGCAGAGAGGGAGUUUAGAAAAUCACCUUUUUAGAAGAGGGUCUGCUGUUGAGCCAAUUCCGUGGAACAUACGGCUCAAGAUAGCCAUAGGCGCGGCCCGAGGACUUGCCUUUCUCCACACUUCUGAAAAGCAAGUUAUAUACCGGGAUUUCAAAGCAUCAAAUAUCUUGCUUGAUUCGGAUUACAACGCAAAAAUUUCUGAUUUCGGGCUGGCUAAAAAUGGUCCAUCUGCGGGAGAUUCACAUGUUACCACAAGAGUCAUGGGCACUUAUGGAUACGCAGCACCAGAGUACGUUGCUACAGGCCAUCUCUACGUCAAGAGCGACGUCUAUGGUUUUGGGGUGGUGUUGCUAGAGAUGCUUUCAGGCCAACGAGCGCUCGACAAUAACCGCCCGAACGGGCAACACAAUCUGGUAGACUGGGCGAAGCCAUUUCUAUCAGAGCGGAGAAAGCUAGCACGGGUAAUGGACCCCCGGCUGGAGGGCCAGUAUCCAUCAAAAGGUGCAACCCAAGCGGCCCAGCUCACUCUUAGAUGCCUUGCAGCAGAGCCGAAGAAUCGACCAUCCAUGAAAGAAGUUGUGGAGACUUUGGAGGAGAUCCAAGCCAUCAGGGUCAGGCCCAAGGAAUCUAAGACCAGCUCUGCCCGUCAGGUGGGCCACCGUCAUACCCACCACCAACCGCCACCCAACCGUUCCCCGAUUCAUCCACAGAUCAACGGCAUUGGCACCGGAGGUCGCACCCAUCAUCAGCUCCCUCCAAAAUUGAGGUAAUUUAGGCCACAGGUGCGUGUUGGAUCGUUUGGACGGUCCCCAUUUUUUGUAUUUGUUUUGUUUUGUUAUCUUAUUAUUAUUAUUUUUUUACGGACAAUGAUUUUGUGUAAAGGAUAAUUGGGUUAUCAGGUAAAUGAUCUCUCUUUAAUCAUGAGGUGGAAAGCUUAUUUGGUUUUGAUUUUA